UAGGUUUCGACUUUCUUCCCCGCCCGGAAACUUGGUGGAGGCGCCGCGCUCACCGCCGUCGCAGGCCGGGCUGGCGCUGGGCUCUCCGCGCCUCCUCCCUGCCCUUCCCGGGGCCGAGAGAGCCCCUUCCCGGCCCCGGCGGCCGCAGGGGUCCCGUGGCAGAGCUGCUGCGUGGGCAGUGUCCCCAACACCCUGCUGCUGGCUGGCAUGGCCGACCCUGCCCUGGAAGAACACGUGGCCCAGCUGACCGAGCUGUGCUCCCAGUGCGGCCAGUCCCACCUGGUGCUGGACAAUCACCUCUACAACUUCCAGGACGAGGUGGACGAUGAGCUCAUCUGCCACAUCUGCCUGCAGCCCCUGCUGCAGCCCAUGGACACCCCCUGCGGGCACACCUACUGCUUCAAGUGCCUGGAGAACUUCCUGCAGGAGUACAGCUUCUGCCCCAUGGACAGGAAGAAGCUCUCCUUCCAGCAGUGCCACAAAGCCAGCCUGCUGGUCCGCAACCUCCUGGACAAGCUGCUGGUCCUGUGUCCCUUCCAGUGCCAGCAGAGCAUGCAGCGCUGCGAGCUGGAGGCCCAUCUGCACAACAGGUGUCCUGGGUUCAAGAAGUACAAAUCUGAACUACAGAGGAAGAAGAACCCCAUUUCCAAAGGGAAGGAAGAUCCUCCCACCAAGGGGGAGGCAAACACGCCCAAGGAUGCAGAGGGACCAAGUGGAGGUUCAUCACUUGUGGCAGAGAGCUCUGGAGCUGCUGUGGUGUCACUGGGGACUGCUGAGCCUGGGCUGGUUAAUCCAGCUUUUGAGGAGACUGAAGAAGACCUCCCUCACAGAACCAGUCUUGUGGCUGAAACCACCACCAUUGAAAUCCACCGAGAAGACCCUGAGGAGGAGCUGGGGAUGAGGAUCGUGGGGGGCAAGGACACCCCGCUGGGGAACAUCGUUGUUCAGGAAGUGCUGCGGGACUCUGUGGUGGCUGCAGAUGGGAGAAUAGCACCUGGGGACCACAUUCUGGAGGUGAAUGGUGUCAACAUCAGCAGCGUGACUCACUGCCAGGCUGUCUCCUUCCUGCGCCACCCAGGCCCUGUUCUCCACCUCAUGGUCCUGCAGGAGAAGGGCUUUUCCAACAAGACUGCCCAGCAGGAUUCCAGUUCUGCAAACCGGGAGGUGAUCCACGUCACCCUGGUGAAGAGAGACCGCUCCGAGCCCCUGGGCAUCAAACUGAUCAGGAAGACUGACGAGGCUGGCAUCUUUAUUCUGGAUCUCUUGGAGGGAGGUUUGGCAGCCAAAAAUGGCAGGCUGAGUCGGAAUGACAGAGUCCUGUCAAUAAAUGGGCAGGAUCUGAGACAAGGAACACCCGAGGCCGCAGCACAGAUAAUCCAGACCACUGAGUCCAGAGUGAACUUUGUGAUCCUGAGGCAGCCCGGGGUGCAGCUGCCAGAGCCAGCAGAGGAUGGCAGCUCCUCCAACAGCAGCAGCAGCAGCAGCAGCAGCAAUGGGGGCAGCCCCGUGCACCACCGCAGGCGGCUGGACCAGAGCCACUACAGGCGCAAAUCCACCUACCAGAAGGAUUUACCUCAGGGAUAUGCAAGUCAUGAAAAGACAGUUGCAAUCAAAAAGGAACCCAAGGAAUCCUUAGGAAUAACCAUUGGAGGUGGAAGGGAUAACAAAAACAAGCUCCCUAUUUAUGUAACGAGCGUGCAGCCCAUCGGGUGCCUCUUCAGGGAUGGCAGAAUCAAGAGAGGAGAUGUACUUUUGAGCAUCAAUGGCAUUGAUUUGACUCAUCUGAACUACUAUGAAGCUGUGUCAGCACUGAAAUCUAACGCUGCUUCCCACUCAGUCACACUGAAAGCCUUGGAAAUCCUUUCCCUCAACUCGUCAGAGACACCCCUGGACAUCAGGGAGCAGGGAUUCAGCUGGUCCCCCCUCUGGAUCACGUGGCUGGGACUGCCCAGCCACCUGCACUUCUGCCAGGACAUCGUCCUGAGUAAAGGCAACCUGGAGAGCUGGGGCUUCAGCAUCGUUGGGGGCUUUGAGGAGAGCAAAGGAAACCAGCCCUUCUUCAUCAAAACCAUCGUGCCCGGCACUCCUGCCUUCCGCGACAGGAAACUCAGGUGUGGAGAUGAGAUCGUGGCCGUGAACGGGGUCCCGGCCAUCGGGAUGAGCAACGCGGAGCUGAUCCCGAUGCUGAAGGAGCAGCGCAACAAAGUCACCCUGACCGUGGUGUCCUGGCCAGGGAGCCUCGUGUGACAGCGACCAGCACCACCUGCAGGGACCAGCACCAGCUGCAGGGACCAGCUGCCACCACAGUGCCACACGAACCCAGGGCUGCUCUGCUCCUGCUACCUGGGGCAGUGCCAGGGAGGGCUCUUUGCUUCCUUCCUGUGGAAAACGUUUUCCUGUGCUGAGGGUGGCACCACAGCCGGCUGCUGAACUCCACGAACAGUUCAUCCCACGGCUGCAGCUUCCCAGGCUCAUUGAAGCUCCUUAGGCUGCUGUGGCAGAGGAAGCUCUUCCCAGUGUUUCCCACAACCUGCCUUGGAGGCUGUUGAGGCACUUCCCUUGAUUUUAGGGCUCAGCUUUCCUUUUCCUAUUUUGAUCAGGUUAAACCAGUGGCUUUUAGAAGCUGCUAAUAAACCAAUCUGUAGGGACAGGGACCCACUCUUGAUGUUUUCAGGUUUCAGUAACCCAAGGACUGUGUUAACACAUUACAAAAACCGAUGGUAACUCAGCUGGCACCUGAAGAGCUGCCGGGGCAGGAUGGGGGAGCGGUCCCGUCACAAAUCCUGGUUUAGGAUCCUGCCAACUCCACUGAUUUAUUGCAAAUGGACAAUUUAAACUGCUUAAAGAACCCCUGUCAAAGGGAACAGCAAAGUGGUUUCACUGACUCCAUGUUGCAGAGUGUGACUGCAGCAGAGGGCGAUGGCAGGGCUCACAGAGAAGAUUCCCUGGUUUUAUGACUUGAUAAAAGCAGCUUUUCCCCAGAAGGCAGGUGAUUAAACAGGCCCCGUGUCCCAGCAGGCUGUCUGGGAUUCUGUCAGUGCCUGGCUUUCCUUCAUCAAUUCCCAGUGACCAGGGCAGGGUUCAGGCAGGGG